UAUACCAAAGGCUUCGGACAACAUGCCCAGAUCCCUUAAUCCCUACGCACGCCUCUACAAUCUCUCUCUCUCUCUUCCCCAAUUAAGCUGGGAAUUAACUCUUGUAUUGUUGCUGUUGUGUUGUUGAAUCAAUUCUAGCUAGCUAGCUAGCAUGGAGCUGCAACUGGGACUCGCACUUUCAACUAACUAUCCCGCAAAGAGAUUCGACCUCAAUGCCUACGCGUUUAAUGAGUCGAGCGAGCCUCGACACAGUCCUUGUUUGUCCAGUGAGAGCAGCACCGACUCCUUGCUUUUCUUGAAGAAGACGAAGAAUAAGAAGAAGAAACGCUGUUUUCAGCAAGCCUUUGAUGAGCAGCAGCAGGAGGAAGUGGAUGCCAUUCCCCCCACUUUGCCUCUCUUUUGGAUCAAUACCAACCAGCCCAAUGAAGAAGACGAUCCUGGCGAGCUUGACAACAACGAUUCCUCCAUUCCCAACAAUGGAGACGAAGAAGGCGUUGUAGGGUGGCCACCGAUCAAGGCCUGGAGGAGGAAGUUUUGCCACCGGAAUCGCAGCGGCCGCCCUGCCGGGAACGAAGCAUUCAUGGUGGUAAACGUCCAUGGAGGCGGCGGCGGCGGCGGAGGAUUCAUGUCCAGGUACGUGAAGGUGAAGAUGGAGGGAGUGGGAAUCGCAAGAAAGGUGGACGUUCGACGCCAUGAUUCCUAUGAAAUGCUCAUGGAUACCUUGGUGGCCAUGUUUGGGAGAGGUCAGGAAAAUAGGAAUAAUGCUUACAAACUCAUUUACCAGGACAGGGAAGGCCACUGGCUGCACGCCGGAGAUGUACCUUGGAGUUGCUUCAUCGGGUGCGUGCAACGCCUAAAACUAGAACGGAGGAAGCGCUGAAGAUCUAUGCACAGACGCCACGCCACGCCACGCCAUGCAUGCAGACUUAUAUAAUUUGGACGCCUAGCUAGCUAUAUAUCUCUGUUGGAAUCUAGCUUAAAAGAUUUAUUUAUAGAUUACACCUUUUGUGUUGUGUAUGUAGAGAAAGUACGUAGUACGAGUUAACAUUUGUUUCAGAAGAAAUUAGAGCAUCUUAAUUAGCCUAAUCAAGGUUUUUCUAAUUUUCCAGA